AUGGAAGAAGAGCGACACGAAUUUAUUAGUCGACUCGUAGGUUCGAUCAGCAACUGGAAGGGUAAACCCCAAGAUCUCCUGGACAUUUUUCGACCCGAAGAAAUCGAGUGUCUUCUGUCGGAUUGCAUAAAAAAUAUUUCCGAAUACGGAAGUUGUUAUCGAGCAUUCGUCGAGUUUGUGUUUCGCAGCGGCUACAAGGAUGUGUCCCAACUCGACGACGACGGCAAGCCAAUGUUGCGUCGAACUACACCGAUACAUCAUGCGGCUAAACGAAUUCAAUUGGCUGCCGUAGUCCAGCUCGGCCAGGAUCCCAAUAUCCUCGUGCCGCAAACGGGCGACUCGCCUCUACACUUGGCGGUGAUGUUUGACAGAAGGAAGAUCGCUGAAAUGCUGCUGAGAAGUGGAGCCAAUCCAACUUUGGUCAAUGCUGAAGGACUGACUCUCCUGGACAUCAUUAGCAAGGGUCACCGCGACGAUGUUGACUUGGCGAUGAUGGUGUUCGAGCUCGGCAACGAAAAAUAUCCACUGUGGCUGAUCCAUGGCCCGCUGAAAUCAGCAGUGUCCAACGGCCUCGUUAAUCUCGCUAAAUUACUACUGACGAGAUGCGCCGAUCAAGAAUUAAAUUCAAGUUUACCUAGAAUUUUCUACUAUCGAUGGGAAAAGGAAGUGACUCGUAUUCGCGUUUCCAAGAACUUACACGACGAUGAUUCGUUGGAGAUUGUGUCGAAAAUAAUCGACGAACACCUGGUGGAACUAUUGCACUUGGCUCUAUGCAACGGCGAGAAAAAUACGGUCGAAACUCUGCUAAGACGCGGCGCGAAUCCGAAUUCGACUUGUGAUUAUGGAUUGACGGCUCUGCACAUCGCUUGCAUGCAAGGAGACGACGAUAACGCGGUCGAGGCUUUCUUCGAUAUCUGUGAUGCGAUUGGACAGACGGUAUGCCUCGAUACUCGCGAUAUAAGGGGUGAUACGGCGCUACACCGGGCCGUCCGAUCCAGAUUUACGAAGACGAGCGAGCUUCUGCUGAGAAGAGGUGCUGAUCCCAAUUUAGCCGACAAGAAAGGAUUGACACUUUUGCAUUCCAUUUGCAGCCAACACCAAUUGAUGGAAUUAUGGAUAAUGUUGUUGUUUGAGAUCGACGACCAAACGCAACAACGUAGGGUGCAAGUCGACGCUCAGGACGACUUGGGUAACACAUCACUGCACUUGGCGCUGCUCCACGGCCACAAGGGAAUGGCGGAGGUACUGCUGAGAAACGGAGCCAAUCCGAAUUUGGCGAAUGCGGAAGGAUCGACUGCUCUACACGUCGUUUGCAAGGAUCACUUAUACUAUGACUUUCAAGUAUUUGCGGAAUUAUUCUUCAAAAUCUGCGACGACAAUCGUCAGUUUGUGCAAAUUGAUGCUCAGGACAAAUUGGGCCGGACACCACUACAAUGGGCCGUGGCGUCUAACAAGCCGCUUAUGGUCAAUCUACUCUUGGAUCGUGGCGCCGAGAUGUCUCGCUUCGUUUUCCCCACCGAGAGUUUCUACGGUGAGAGAUUCAACCCAAAAUUUAAUUAUGUUUCUGGUAUUAAAUUGAUUAUGGCAUCCGGUGCUCUACUCACGAUCGAAAUUCUCGAGAGCGCGGGUUACGAGCUGGAAUCGAGCGACGCCCUGACGGUCAUGAAAUUUUUUGACAAGCACAGAUUGUUCGAGCAGAAUCUUGAAAAACGUUGGCACGACGACGCGACAGCGAGCUGUACGAAAAAGGAAAUGGUAUUUCACAAUUUGUCGCUCUACGACCUCAACCGAAUGCGACCUGAAGAGGCGGAAACAUUACUAAUCUUUGGUUUGGGGUCCACGAAAAAAUGGCGGGAGCUUCCCGAAAGGUGCAGUCAGGCCUGUCACAUGCAUCUCUGCGAAAAACUGUCAAGAAGAUUUUUCCGCAACUGGUCCCUAGUAGCUUUUAUGGAGCUAACUCGCUGCCGACUGCCAUUCGAGUGUUGUGAAUCGAUCAUCGAUAAAUCAGUGUCGAACAAAGACUUGUGUAAUAUUUGCUUGGCUGCUGCAAUGAAAAGUUCGUGA